GGCACUAGCAUUGGCACGGGACUUUGGGAUAUUUCUAUCUGGGGAGUCGGGACACGCAGACACGUUGGGACACGUUGGGACACGUUAGUACGCAAACGUUCUGAAACGCAGGAAGGGUGAGGACAAGAUACAAUAUCGUGAUACGCAUGUGCUAGUGCCGGACAGAAGGGAGAAUACGGAACGAGAGAAUUGAAUGAUCGCGACGGCGAUAGGGGCAGUGUAGAGCUCUGCGCUAGGAGAUAAGUCAAUCGGAAACUUUAAAGGUAGCGAGCAGCGAUGAAGGAUUGCCCAGGUAAGUAAAGCAAAGUGCGGGGAAGUGGGAUUUCAAAGGUCCGAUUUGUAGAAGCUGGGGAAAGAGCUAUAUGCAAAAAGCAGCCCGUUGGCGUGGCGCGGGAAAGAGUGAGGGGGGUGAGGGGGGUGAGGGGGUGAGAUGUGAGAUGUGAGAUGUGAGAUGUGAGAUGUGAGUUAAUAAUGGGGAAGUAUAUAAGACACUUGUACUUCCCUACUUGUUCAACGUUGAACACAAUCUUCUCUGCUUGUUUUUUCCCACGUUGGGGAGUUUGGGCUUUGCUAUAUAUUUGUGAGAGAUACUCCAAGGCCAUUCUUCACCCCACCAGCAAAUUGCAAUAACCUACUUUGGUGCAUUGCAGCCCCUUCCUAAUCAUCACAGACAAUCCCCUCAUACUUUUCAUUUCUCCUCUUUAAAAACAAUGGCACCCAUAGCUCCCCAAACCGUCGAUAUUAUCUUCGCCGGCGGCGGCACAGCUGCCUGUGUCUGUGCUGGUCGUCUAGCCAAAGCAAAUCCAAAUCUACGAAUCUUACUUGUCGAAGGCGGCAAGAACAACUUCCAAGAUCCGAGUGUUACUACUCCAGCCGUGUAUUUGUCUCAUUUGACGCCGGAAAGUAAGACGGCUUUGUUUUACAAAGGCCAACCAUCCGAGCACCUCAACAAUCGCUCCCCAAUUGUUCCAGCAGGUGGUCUCCUUGGUGGUGGCUCGUCUAUAAAUUUCUUGAUGUACACGCGAGCCCAAUCUAUCGAUUUCGAUUCUUGGGAUACAGAAGGAUGGACCGGAAAAGACAUGCUCGAAAUGUGUAAGAAAUUGGAAACAUUUCAUCCAGCCGGAGAAGGAUUUGAUGAAGAGAAACAUGGAUAUGAGGGGCCUGUGAAUGUGAGCAAUGGAGGAUAUAGUGGCAAGAGUGUGGAUGCCUUUAUGGAGACGAUUAAAGGAAUGGGGUAUAGGGAGAUUGUGGAUUUGCAGGAUGGAGAAGAGUGUGGAGGGUUUAGUAGAUGGCAUCGCUACGUCUCUCCAAAUGGCCAACGCCAAGACGCAGCACACACUUAUAUCCACCCACUCCUCCAAUCAUCUUCGUACCCAAAUCUUAAAAUCCUCACUGAAUCAAAAGUCCUACGUGUACUUUUUGAUUCCUCUACACCUCCUCGAGCAACAGGUAUUGAAUAUGUACCCAAUGAAGACCGCCAACCCUUUGUCGCACUUAGUAAAGCAAUUCCACACACAAUCAGAGCAGAGAAAUUAGUUGUUGUGAGUGCAGGAGCCUUGGGGACACCGCAGGUCUUGGAGAGGAGUGGUGUAGGUAGGAGGGAGGUGCUUGAAAGGUGUGGAGUAGAGGUUGUUAAUGAAUUAGAAGGGGUGGGAGAGUCAUAUCAAGACCAUCAAUUACUUCUGUACCCCUACAAAACAUCACUGGAUGAUUCUGAAACCAUCGAUAACAUCUUGAGCGGAAGGAAAGAUUUCGUCAAAGCACUUGAAGCCAAAGACCCUCAGUUGGGCUGGAAUUCAGUUGAUGUAUGCAGUAAGCUCCGUCCCACCACGUCCGAGGUCGAAGCUCUCGGUACCGACUUUGUCUCAGACUGGGACCGAGACUUCGCACCCUAUCCCUCAAAACCUCUCAUGCUCUGCGCCGUCGUGAAUGCCUUUCUAGCAGACCCAACACUUGUCGAUCCAGGCCAAUACAUAACCAUGGGCACUUACACUGCCUAUCCCUAUUCACGUGGUUCCAUCCACAUCACGUCUUCCACUGACGUACAAAAUGGCUAUGAAUUUGACGCGGGCUUUUUAAGCCAUCCUAGUGAUUUGAAGAAACAGCUCUGGGCCUAUAAAAUGCAACGAGAAAUAUGCAGACGACUUCCCUAUUACCGUGGAGAAUUGGAGCUCGGACAUCCAAAGUUCUCAAAGGGGUCUGCUGCUAGAUUGUCUAAUGGGGCAAUCAAGGGAGAAAUAAAGGAUAUCGAAUAUAGCGCAGAAGACGAUGCACUCAUUGAAGAUUGGAUCAGAGAUAAUUUGAAUACAACAUGGCACUCGGUAGGAACGUGUGCGAUGAAGCCGAGAGAAAAAGGGGGUGUGGUAGAUAAGUAUCUAAAUGUGUACGGGACGCAGGGAUUGAAGAUUUGUGAUCUAAGUAUGGUUCCGGAGAAUGUGGGUGCAAAUACCAACAAUACUGCUUUAGCGGUGGGAGAGAAAGCAGCUGUUAUUAUUGGGAAGGAGCUGGGAAUUGAAGUUUAAGCUUUGAGAUUUGAGUGUUAGAGAACGUGUGGGGGGAUUGAGGAGUUGGGAUGGGUUUCGGGACGCGAGUAAGUCAUUGGCUGGCAUGCUAAAAAAUCAGAUGGGACUUGCUUCACGGCUUCUUAUGUUGUACGUUAUUAUGAUCAAUGAGAUAGUUAUUGUGUUAGGAGUUAAUUCAUGUAAUCAACGAAAUACUAUUUUAUACCUUUACCUAUCA